CCGAAAAAAAAAGCCAUUUUGUGUGAGGAGCCUGUAGUAACAGCUCCAACCAAACACUGUUUCUUCGCUCGAUUACUCGCACCAGAGACGGCGGGGGCCCGAAGACCAGAGUCUACUGCAGCUAAAAUGCACAGAACCACUCGGAUCAAAAUCACAGAACUCAACCCUCACCUGAUGUGUGCGCUGUGCGGGGGAUAUUUCAUAGAUGCCACAACCAUCAUUGAAUGUCUACACUCAUUUUGUAAAACUUGUAUCGUUCGCUACUUGGAGACCAACAAAUAUUGUCCCAUAUGUGACGUACAAGUUCACAAAACUAGACCCCUACUUAGCAUCAGGGCCGAUAAAACGUUACAAGACAUAGUUUAUAAAUUAGUUCCUGGCCUUUUCAAAGAUGAGAUGAAGAGACGGAGAGAUUUCUAUGCGGCACACCCCUCCGCAGAUGUCACAAAUGGUUCAAACGAAGAUCGUGGGGAAGUCACUGAAGAGGAGAAGAGAAUUAUUACAGACGACGAAAUUAUUAGUUUGUCUUUAGAGUUUUACGAGGGCAACAAAUCAGAAAAGAAAGAGGUCCCGCAGCCUGAAGAUACAGAUAAGGCUAACAGUGUACGGUAUCUGCGGUGUCCCGCUGCAAUGACGGUGAUGCAUUUGGGAAAAUUUCUACGGAAUAAAAUGGAUAUUCCCAGCAAUUUCCGAAUUGAUGUUAUGUACGAAGAUGAACCGCUCAAAGAUUACUACACACUUAUGGAUAUAGCGUAUAUUUAUACAUGGAGACGGAAUGGUCCUUUGCCUCUGAAAUACAAGGUCCAGCCUGCCUGCAAACGGUUAAAACUCAGUCACCCGAACGAGGACUUCGCUAACACCAGCAUAAACUCGGAGAGUGACUCAGUGAGUGACAAAGGCAGUCCAGCCGCCGUCCCCUCCACAUCUUCGUCUCUGCCAAGCCCCGGCACGCCGGCGGUCUCUCCCAACCCGCAGUACCCAGCCGUCGCCGCCUCCGUCGUGAACGGCAACACAAACUGUCACCAGAUGCCUCCAUCUGUCGGUAGAGGCCGCAAAGUGACUGUUAACGGCUCGGCGGCCCCGGCUUCCUGCUGAAAGCCGGAUCCAAACUGAAUUUUCAACCAACAAAGGAGAAGGGACUCGCCUGUAUAUUAAACACGGCGCGGCCACCAUCACACUGGCUCCUGCGCCGUUUAUUAAAUGUAAUAUAUAUAUAUUCUGUUUAGCAAUAUGGUUAUUGUCAGAAACAUUUGUAUUCCCUACGCAGAUUUGUAAAGGUAAACGAAUAUAACACACACACAGACACCUCCAGGUUGGGGUCCCAGACGUCGCUGUUCAUUUCCUCUAAUUGCAAAUGUCGACUAUAGUGGAUUCAUCUUUAAUGAAGGAUUAUUGGGCCGUAGGAUACUAUUGGGUCGCCACUGUGUUUACUGAGAAAUCAGGCGUAGAUUUUGUUUUUUCUAAAAUCCUGUACAUUUAACAAAGAAUUGCCUUAAAACUAACCUCAUUCAUGGCAGUUGUUAAAAGGGGGACAUUGUAGUCAUGGUAUUGUGGUCGAUAUUCUCUAAACAAUCUGCUCGGAAAUGUUAUUUCAUACCUCUGGAACAGGUGGGAUUUAGAACCCGGUUUCCUGGCUCAGAGAUAGGGACACUACCCUAUGCCACAAGACCUCCCCCAGCCCCCAGUCUCCCAACUGGUAUUGUGAUAAAGUGAUCUUGACUGAUUUUAAUCUCAGUUCAGAUUGGAUGGUGGUGUAGUCAAUUAGAGUUGACCAGGUCCAGGAGAGACACGUGUUGGAAGAUGCAAAGCUUUUUUCUGAAUAUUAAGAAUUUUUUGUUUUAUCUCACGUGUGUCUUUUGGUAUCAGGCUGACAAAACAAUCGGAAGCCUGAGAGCUGUUGUUCAUCAUUACGUAGAGAAUCCUUUUCUAAAAACAAAAAUGUCCUUGAUAGGACUUGACGUGGUCUAAGGAACAGUUUGUAUUUUUGGGGAAACACAUUCAGUACCCGCUACAAACUAGUGCUGUGUUUCACUCAUUUGGGUUUCAACAUCAUUUAUGGGGUAAUAAAUUAAUGUCUGCGGUCAAGGGUUGCGAAACCAACAGUUUCUGAUCUCAAUUAACACAGGAAGAAAAGGCGGAUCCCUUAUUCAGGCCAGAGAAAUUGAUCACCUUGAGUCUUCUUCACUACACCCAGUGGGAAUCAGUAUCCCUGAAAAUAAGAGUUGGGUGGAAUCUUUCCAAUCUCAGGGAUACUUUUAACCAUCAUCCAACUGCCUUCGGAAACGCUAUUCAUUGUGGCUUUCCUAGGUAUUGCUACAUUUCCAGCUAGACCUUCUGGAAUCUCUUCAACAGCUAUGGUUAGAAUGACAAAGGGGACGGUUCAGAGACGGAGAAGCUAUUUUAUGUGAAUGGUUUGACUUUGUGUGGAAAACACACGAAAUGCAAUUGAGAGUAACUGGAUUGGAACCUAUUGCUGCAAGUUCUCAGCUACAAUGGUUAGAAUGAUGCCAAGGUUGUAUAUAGUCAAUUGUUUUAAUUAUUUUGUUCCUGAUUCUUUGCGCUCCAUCAUUUUCUUCGUAGAAGAUGUGAUGUUUUUAAACACUGACAACGAUAAUCAAAUAAUCACUGCAAAAGAAUUAAGGUAGUUCCAAAACAAACUGGUUUUGCUGCUUCAUACAAAUUGCGAUUUUUCCUCUCUAUUUAAUCCAUUAACUGGAGUCUACUGUACAAUCUAGCAUUUUCUUAACGUGGCGUGUAUGUUAUUGGGAGAGAAAAAAGUGUGAGACUGAAUGAAACACGGACCUUAGCAACUAAAUGGUAUCUCUGUCCUACUAACGAUUUGCUACGGCACAACAGCACAAAGGAAAUGAGAUCAGAAUUAAUAAUGUUGCAUCAAUUUUAUUUUAUGUUUUGAUAAACCUAUUAAACCAUUCUAGAAGCCUAUUUACUUUAAUUAUAAACAUCUUCCAGUGUUUAAAAAUAACCUUUCGAUUGUAGACUGGAGAAUGGUAUGCAGCUAUUCCGUUAAAAUAUUGACAAU